CGAUACCAGUGCUCACCUUUCGAGUGUGGACGAUCGGUAUCCUGCUGGUGUGCUUGGGUACCGGAGUCAACCAACUGUUUGCGCCGCGCAUGCCAAGUAUUGGACUGAGCGUCACUUCGGCUCAGCUGGUGGCUUAUCCGCUGGGAUGUUUGAUGGCCAGAUAUCUACCGAAGAAUGUUUUCCGUAUAGGAGAUCAUUCAUUCACUCUAAAUCCUGGUCCUUUCAAUAUGAAAGAACACAUGCUGAUCAGUAUUAUGGCCAACGUCUCUUUCGGAGGAGCGUAUGCAACCGAUAUCAUUGCCGUCCUUCGAAUCGGCCGGUUUUUCAACAACUCUGCUUUGGCUGAGAAGAUCGGAUUUCAAUUAACAUUGGUAUUGAGCUCACAGCUGAUGGGUUAUACUUUAGCUGGUAUGACGAGAAAGUUUCUCGUUGAUCCACAGGCAAUGGUAUGGUGGGGGAACCUCUCGGAGAUAUCGGUCCUGCAAGCCUUACAUGCCAAAGACAGAGACCAAUCUGUCAAUGGAUGGCGCAUCUCCCGAUUGCGAUUCUUCUCUCUCUGCGCGAUUGCAUACGGGAUUUACUACAUUCUUCCAGGUGUCUUCUUCCAAAGUCUAGCAUUUUUCAACUGGACAACAUGGAUUGCACCCCAAAACGCCAAAUUGGCUUUAAUAACAGGUACCAUCAGUGGUCUUGGCCUCAACCCCUUCCCUACUCUUGACUGGAAUUUUCAGGCUAUGGAUCCCAUAGUCACUCCACUUUGGUCUAUCAUGAACCUCUACGCAGGGGCUGUGAUUGGGGCUUUGACAAUCUGUGCAGUAUAUUUCAAAAACAUCAGAUCUACAUCAUACUUACCUAUCAAUACUUGGGGUGUAUUUGAUCGAUACGGAGCUCCGUACAACGCUACCAUGGUUCUUGAUAAAUCAAACAUUCUUGAUCAGGUCCGGUAUGAAUCGUAUUCACCGCCUUAUAUGACGGCGUCCAGCAUUGUGUGCUACACCGCUUUCUUUGCAUUGUAUACCAGUAACAUUGUACACGCAGCCCUUUAUUACCGAAAGCAUAUCAUGUCUGGAUUGUAUCACCUCUUACCUUCUCUUCAAGCCAGCCACUUUUUUAAGACCUUGCGAAGGAAAAAUGGAGAGAAGCCUCUAAAAGAUCAAAUGCACAGCGACGUUCACUACCGCCUCAUGCAAGUAUACCCACAAGUACCUGAAUGGUGGUUCAUGCUUGUCGGAGUCAUCUCCAUCGCAAUGGCCAUUUUCAUGCUGAAAUAUUAUGAAUCAGAGAUGCCCACGAUGCCAGUAUGGGGUUUAGCAUUCGCCUUUGCUAUCACUCUCGCUCUCAUCGUCCCCAUUGGCACUAUGACAGCGGUAGCCUCCGCGGCGUCUUCACUGAACGUUCUCUCUGAGCUUGUGGGCGGAUACCCUCCUAAAGCAUACGGAUGCAUGACAAUGGUUCAGGCACUUGGCUUUACCUCGGAUAUGAAAAUUCCUCCUAAAGCUCUCUUCGCAGCACAGCUGUCUGGGACUGUCUUAUCCUCGCUCAUCUCCAUAGCUGGUACAGUGACUUUUGACACAUCAUCUCUAUACGUUAUGGAUUGGCAAAUCAUGAAUAUCCCCGACCUGUGUUCACCAACUCAGGCCCUUCACUUCACUUGUCCAGAUCUCAAUGCUUUCUUCUCUUCAAGUAUUCUAUGGGGCGCCGUGGGAUCGCGACGAAUGUUCACAGGACCUGAUGCGCCAUACCGGUUUUGCCUGUAUGGGUUUUUAGUUGGUGCCAUUGCACCCUUCAUUCCGUGGAUUUUCUCAAAGUUCUGGCCUAGGUCAUCAUGGCGGCUAGUACAUACCCCCGUGAUCUUUGUUGGCUUCUUGAGCUUCGGGACUUGCAACUUGGGUUACUAUACGCCUGUGAUUCCACUCGCACUCUUCUUUCAACGGUUUGUGAAAAAGCGAUACACCGCUUGGUAUGAAAAGUACGCUCUUACACUCACCGCUGGAAUCAGCUCCGGUGUCGCAAUCUUUGGGUUAAUAUAUUUCUUUGCGCUCCAAUUCAAUGGGCAAAGCUACCCCUGGGUUGGAAAUGAGAUUUUUGCAGCGGGAUGCGACGCUGCGACGUGCACUCUGCGGCAAGUACCAACGGAUGGCUUCGGGCCAACUUCUUGGAAAUGAAAAUUCUGAUUGAUGUGUUCAGGCUCUAAGUCUCCGGAUGUCACAAACAACUGUGGAUGGACAAGACCUUUUAUCAUUACAUGAUAGACUUUAUAUCUUCUAUUUCACAUCGUUCAUUUCCUUCACUGACAAGCAAAAUACAGUUAAUUCUUUUUGUAAACAAGAUUAUACAUUCCCUCGACAUGAAAUUUCAAAAAUAUAACCAGAUGUGACUCUGUAAAGG